AUGUAUUCUUCUUCGGGCGCCCGUAGAUCGGUGGACACGAUAUCAUCCCCGACGUCCCCAUCAGGAACGCGCACCGAAUUCCCAUUCCAUAGACAAGGACAUGCCUAUCCGCACCAUACAGCCAGACGAGGCUCAACGGCGAGCUCGAUACACUCGAUAGGCGGAUCCCUUGAUACAUCAUCCAGCAGCUGGGCGAACGCGGUUUUAGAAUCUGGACAAAACGCAAUCUCAACCUUGCUCCAGCCACCUAUCGUUCGAACCGGCCUGCAACCUCAUACCUCUGCUCCCGCCUUUAGUGCGCACAAACCACCUACGGCCCGCGAUAUCCCCCCUGUAACCCUUACGAACAUUCCUCAUGUCGACCCUUCCGAGUUCAAGCCAUAUCUGUCGCAGGUCGGCGCCUUGUAUGAGCAGCUUCGCCGGGUAAAAGAGCAGGAUGAUGAACGGCCCGGCUCUUCUGGUCGACGGUCGAGUAAACAUGACGAUUAUGCGGAGGUUGAUGAAGGACAUCUGAGACCCGCCGGUCGCCCGCCACCAAGACGGAAAUCCUCCAUCGCCUCCAUCACAUCGAUUUCUUCCCUUGAGGGGCCAGGGCCUCUGCGACGCAAUAGUUCCGGGCUUGGUCGAAAGGGCGGGCAGGGCCCACCGCCGCUAUCGACAAUCCCUGGCGUCUAUUUUGACGAAGACUUUCAUCUAGAAAACCCUAGAAUUUUCGAUGUCGUUAGUGAGCGCUCAGAAGUAGUCCCGCCAGCGCCAGGAAGCGCGGAUGACAAGGCCGGGCUCAAUGGCAGCGCUAUAGCCCCGAGGAAGGCAUUGGCAACCAACGCGAUCCUACAAGAAAAGCUCUCCUGGUACAUGGAUACUAUCGAGGUUCAUCUAAUUAACUCUAUCUCAACCGCGUCAACUACUUUCUUCACUGCUCUUGGUUCAUUGCGGGAACUCCACUCGGAGGCAGCAGAGUCUGUGGACAGGAUUAAAACACUUCGAAAGGAACUGGAAGCUCUUGACGACGAAAUCGCAGCCAAGGGUCUAACCAUAGUACAGAAGCGCCGUCGGCGAGAGAACGUCCAGGCCCUGAAUGAUGCUGUCCUUCAACUGCGUUAUAUCGUUGAAGGGGUUGCAACGUGCGAGUCGCUUGUUGACGAAGGUGAAAUUGACAAAGCCCUUAGUAAGAUAGAUGCGUUGGAGCUUCUCAUCGCCGGCGAGCACGACGAAUCUGCCGAGGCCGAACCACCUGUACUGCCUCUAUCGCGGCUGAGGGAUCUGAGAAAUGCAACAGCUCUUCAAAGCGUAAAUGAAGAUCUGCACCAACUGCGAUUCCGCAUCGGCCGGGCUUAUGAGACGAAGUUCCAGAGCUUGCUACUCGCUGAUUUGCGCAGACAUGUUGAAACCAUCAACAACCGCGAUGUGUUAUUACGAUGGAGUAGUUCUUCAGUGCGCGCAAGGGGCGGCACCACAAGAGAGUCGGCCGCAUUCCCGGCAUACCUGAGCCAGACGCAAGAGUUGCGUAAAGCAAUUAUGCCGAAUAUACUUGGUCUCCAUCGGGCCCAACAUAUCGCUACUGCGAUCGCAGCUUAUCGAGAGGCUGUCCUGCGCGAGGUCCGGAACAUCAUACGAAGACCAAUGCCAAGCUCUAACGACGACGAUAACGAGUCCAUGAUGUCUGCAUCCACAAUGAGUGGGGGGAGACAGCGGUCGAACCAGGAGAAGUCGUCCAUCUUGGCACGAAAUCUUCGGGCACUGGAUCCAAAAGACGCUGAGGAUUUGCUCAAGACAAUGUAUAUCGGCGUCACUGAAACUCUUCGUCGACUGACGACUCAAGUCAAGGUACUACUCGAUAUUGCAAGCUGUCUGACUGAGGAAGCCACCGCAGCUGGGCUCAAGUCUCCUCCUAUUCGCUCUCCACUUGCUAGCCCAACGCCUUUUGACCGGGAAUUUCCUCGCUUUGAUGACUCUCCCAGUUUUGAAGUUCAAGAAGAGAUUCACAAGGCCAUGGAUAUGCCCAACCUGGUUGGCCAGGCAGUCGAUAUGGCGCAAGAUAAAGUGUUAAAGGUUUUGAAGGUGCGAUCGGAACAAAGUACACACUUGACUUUGGCCUGGUUCCUUCGCUACUUCACGCUGAAUCUGUAUUUCUCCAACGAAUGUGAGGCGAUUUCUGGGCGCAGUGGCACAGCGUUGAAGACCCUGGUCAACGGCCAUAUCAAGGAAUUUGUACAGCAACACGGAGAGUCAGAAAAACAGAAGCUCGCGCAGGGCAUGGAAUCUGAUCAAUGGAGUGCGAAGGACUUCGAUGAGAAGGCCAAGGCCCUACUUGAUCAAGUCCUCGAGAGCAGUACUAAGGAUGCUGCAGCAUGGACAGAAGGCACCAAGAUAUGGGAAGAGCAACCCGAUGAGGAAGCAUCGAAUGGAGUAGCAGAAAACACACCCGAGACAAACGGUACCGCCAAAGAGAAAGCUAGGACUGCGGAGAUCGAGGGAGAGUCGUUCCUACUACCCAACUCCGCAAUUCUUUGCCUCGAGGGCAUUUCUCAUUUCCUUCACCUAAUUGGCAGUAUCCCGUCUAUGGCUACAGACGUUGCCACUUCACUCAUCACCUAUCUACAACUGUUCAACUCCCGUUGCACUCAACUUAUUCUCGGUGCGGGUGCCACUCGUUCUGCUGGACUGAAGAACAUCACAACGAGACACUUGGCUCUGGCGUCUCAAGCCUUGUCAUUUAUCGUCUCUCUGAUCCCUCAUAUCCGAGAGUUCGUGCGUAGGCAUGCAGGCUCCGGAGCUGGGGUGUCGAGCUUGAUGGGCGAGUUCGACAAGGUUCGCCGCCUGUUCCAGGAACACCAGAACAGCAUAUAUGACAAGCUGGUCGAGAUCAUGAGCGGGCGCGCAGCGCAGCACUCAAAGACUAUGAAGGCCAUCGAUUGGGAUGGGGACAAGAGCCAGUCGGCACACUCAUACAUGGAGACCUUGGCGAAAGAAACCACGACUUUACAUAGAGUGUUGACGAAACAUUUACCGGAGAACUCGGUGCAAAUGAUUAUGGGGCCCGUCUUCGCCAGCUACAAGGACCAGCUCGGAAAAGUCUUCCAAGCUGCAGACCCCAAGACAGAUACCGGUCGGGACAGCAUGCUGCGAGACGUGGAUUUCUUCAUCACGAAGCUUGGCAAGCUUGACGGAUUUCGGGACGCUGGUGAUUACUUGAAGAACAUUAUUAAUUCCAAGGACAUCAAGACUGUCGCGUCGCCGCCGGCCGAAAAGCAGCCAGACGGCGGGUCGGAAACGACGGCUUCCACUGGCGCAUCGACGGCCGAACCAGGGAGCAGACAAAGUGCAGAGGAAUCUGGAAAGACGGAAUCGCCAUCGGGGGUCGAGGAUGAGCCGAAGAAGUCAUCGUCGUCGACGUGA